GUGCACUGAGCGUUCCUCUGUCUGACUCUUUUAUACUGGCUAUUUUUGGGAAAGCGCUACCUCCAUCCUGAACGCGGCUUCCUCCGCUCGCACAAUUGGCCCAGCUGGGAGCUUUAUAAGGUAGGAGGGUCCUACCUGGUACAUGCACUCAGUCAGACUCGCUCCUCGGUUCAUGGACAGGAGAGAAAGUUUGGAUCAGACGGGCUGAUUUUUUACUUGGACGAGCGGUGCGUUUUUGCGCUCACGUAUUAGAGAAGUUUUCACGGGACAACCUGGACAUUUGAAAGAUGGCCUUACCUGGGUCCAUUUUGCCAUCGAUUUCGACCUUUGCCAACCAGAAGGAGAAAUUGUGGGAGAAUAGGUGGACUGUAGAUGAGAAGCCGCUGACAUGCGCAGACGCGUACCGGAGAAAAGACGACGAGGAUCUGAGCGAUUUCUUGGAUCUGGAGUUCAUUCUGGCUAACACGACCGGUCCUGAGACCGUGAACCCAGUCAGUGCCACUGUUACGGACUAUAAUUCCACACCAAACCACUGCAACAUGUACCAAACCGGGAGUGCGUACGCACCAUACAGCCUAGUGGCUGAACUCUUGCACACUGAACCGGACACCUACUGCACCAGCGGCAGCAUCGGAAUUCACGGUCGGUUCGUCAUGAAUAUGAACACUGUUCCAAACAACGCGCCUUUUCCAAGACCGGGCUUUCCAGACGGAAUCAAAGUUGAGCCCUGCGCAGAGGAGGACGGAUACGGCCCAGUGAUGGGCAUGGUGCCCCAAAGCUGCCAGCGCAUCAAACAGGAAGGCAACGUCUCUUGCGCAUUACAGUUCGAGCAGCCCAGACCUGCAGUGUCCCCACAAGCAGCGGGCAACAUCACCCCACCGCUCAGCCCAGACGACCAGGCCAGGUGCCAAACACAGAUCUGCCGCAACACCUUCCCACAGAGCUCCUACUACCCACCUCAGCAGCACCAGCAGCAGCAAGUGCAGCUGGGAUACCAAAGCGCGCAGCUGUAUGCCGUGUUCGAUGACGGACUCGGAGUGAUGCAGCCCGGUGCCCAGCGUGCACUCCUCACCCCUCCAUCAUCACCCCUAGAUCUGCUCGACUCCAAACCCAAAAGAGGGAGGCGCACCUGGCCGAGAAAGCGCGCAGCUACGCAUACGUGUACGUUCCAAGGCUGCGGGAAAACCUACACCAAGAGUUCGCACCUGAAAGCGCACCACAGAACUCACACUGGUGAGAAGCCAUACCACUGCAACUGGGAAGGCUGCGGCUGGAAGUUCGCCCGGUCUGACGAGCUCACCCGUCACUUCAGAAAGCACACAGGCCACCGACCCUUCCAGUGCCAACUGUGUGAGCGUGCUUUCUCCCGCUCCGACCACCUUGCUCUGCACAUGAAGAGGCACAUGUAAACAUGGAGGAACAUGAGACUGAUCUGACAGAAAAAGUUGUAACCAAAGCCUUAUAACUGCCUUAUUUAAUACCUUCAUACAACCCGAGACCAAAAGACUUUUGUGUCACCAUUUUUUCUAUACUAUUUUGUAUUAUGUAGCUGGUACUACGUGGGAUUUGCAGAACAAUUGAAUGCUGCAUUAAGUGUUUUGGGGACAAACAGCAACCUGCAGGGACGGUCCUAUAAUAUAUAAAUAUAUAGCCAUGUUGAAACUGAAAACAGUAUGUAUGUUCAACAGAGUGCAUUUAUAAUGAGAGUAAAUGUGCAUACUGACCAUGCACAGCGACAACGUUCUUGAAACUGCCUUCAAAUUGUUGACCAGAACUGUGUGUUCAUUGUGAUACUUUGUAAGAUAAUGUUUUGUUAAAAUUAUUAAAAUUAUCAUUUGUUAUAAACUAUUCCAACAUAUUGUAUCACAAAGGUACAAUAACCUGUUGCCCCAUUGUACACUAGCACAUAAACCAGGGCUCGAUGUCCUGCUUUUUUUAAAGAUAUAAACAGAAGUUUUAUAUUGUAAGUAUUGUAUUUAUUGUACAUAAUAAACUAAAUUUGAGUAUA